CCUUAGAGAGAUCGAGAGUGAUGGUCUCCUGGCUCUGGUGUGGUGGACUUCCAACCCGUGCCUGCCUGUGUCCUGCUUAUGCAUGUCGCCGCAGGUCCAGUUAUGUUAGGAGUGAAGCAAGUUUAGCCCAGGGGUGUCAACCUGGAAAAUCUCUGGUGCCAAAGACAUGGCGCCAGGGAUGGCCUUGGCGCUACACCCAAUUGCUUCAGUUCAAA